UCCGGUCUGGAACAAUACGGUGAAAACAGCUUCGAGGCAAGAUGGCGCAAGGUAAACAGAAGUUCAAAGCGCAACCCGGUGGAGCCAAGAAACCUCAAAAAAUCAAAGGUCCCAGAAAAGGAGGGAGGACGAUUGCACCAAAGAAGGUGAAAGUGGUACAGCAACAGCAGUUGAAGAAGGGCCUGGAGGUGGCGAUCAGGAACAAGAUAGAGGAAGAGGUGACUCACAGAGCCAGUACUAAACUCCACAAGAGGCUGAGUGUUGUGAAGGGAGCGGAGGUGAAACCAACCCCCUCUAAAGGAAACAAUCAUCCCAGCCACCCUGCACCCAGCACCUCCAAAUAAACACACUCUGUUAGUCUGUCUGUCUGACUGGUUUCGCUGUGCUAGAUAGAAGUUAAUUAAAUAAACACACUCUGUUAGUCUGUCUGUCUGACUGGUUUCGCUGUGCUAGAUAGAAGUUAAUUAUGGCUCCCAAAUGGCACCCUAUUCCCUAUAUAGUGUUGUACUUUUUGAACGGGGGCCCAUACGGCUCUAAAGUAGUGCACUGUAUAGUGAGUAGGGCGGCAUUUGGAACGCAUACAAUGUGUUUGGCACUGCUGCUAGGCUGAAUGGACUGACAUGAAGUCAUAUACCUCUAUUGACGGCUGAGGAGUGUAAUAUCCAAGUCUCCAAUAGAUGGUGCUAUAGUAGUCAGUUUUGGUGAGUUUACUGGUAGACUUGGCUGCUUGCUAUCGCCUCGAGGAGACAAGGAAAGGAGACGAGGAACGUGAGGAUGCCACAGAAGAAUAUUGAGAUGCACCCUAGAUAGUCAACGGUCUACAUUUGUGAUCUCUGUCGUGUAUAUUGAAGGGGCCAUCGAGUAUUUUUUGUGUGAUUCUUGUCUUGUGUUGCACUGUCUUCAGAACUGAGACACAAGUUUCUCCCAUAUACUGUAUUCCAAUGCAAAGGGCGUGAAUAAAAAGCUGUGGACAUUUCGUAACGCAA